GGAAUCAGGUCUCCCCCAAAAAUUCAUGUCCCUCGAUUCCAAAUAUUAGUUUUUUCAUUCCCUCAAUCUGCCCUCCCAAUUCCAAUUUCCUUCCCAGAUCAGAAUUUUUUGCAAACAAACAUCUUUAGAAUUCCGGAGUUCCAGGGGAAUAGACAAUGGCUCUAAAGCGUAUGCUUGGAUUCUCUGAUGGAGAAUUGAUGCGAUCGGAUGCAAAGCCAUGUUCGCGCCUGAUGAGGCACACUGCUGGAAUUUGUUCAGUUGGAGGAGCAUUGGGCUUUUGGACUCUCUGCCGCUUGUAUUAUGCUCCUGUGACUAUCUUUCUGUGACUAUCUUUUAUCCCUCCGCCGAUCGGGCAAAGCUCCUGUGACUAUCUUUUAUCCCUCCGCCGAUCGCAAUUGCGACGCCGGAAACUUGUUAAGAGAAAUCAUCUCAUUCUCGGUGUGAGUGUACUCUCGUUUUUAGAGGAGACGUUGUCGAGAUUGUGAUGACGACACUUUCCGAGCUCAAUGACGACAUCAUCCGCAGCAUGUCAGUUGGCGCCGUCUUCUCAGAUUUUGGUGGUAAAAUCAAUUCGCUUGAUUUCCAUCGGACGGCUGAUGUGUUGGUUACAGCAAGUGAUGAUGAUUCGGUUCGAUUUUAUGACAUUACGAAUGCUCAAUUGGUGAAGACAACAUAUCAUAAGAAUCAUGGAGCUGACAGGGUGUGUUUCACUCACCACCCAAAUUCCGUUAUAUGCUCUUCGAAAUACAAUUUGGAUUCUAAUGGAGAGUCGUUGAGGUAUCUAUCGCUAUAUGAUAAUAGGUGCCUUCGGUACUUUAAAGGGCACACAGACAGGGUUGUAUCUCUGUGCAUGUCUCCAGUCAACGACUGUUUCAUGUCUGGUUCACUAGAUCACAGUGUACGCAUGUGGGAUCUACGUGUUAAUGCCUGUCAGGGUAUAUUACAUCUGCGAGGUAGGCCUACGGUUGCUUAUGAUCAACAAGGUUUGGUCUUUGCUGUCGCAAUGGAAGGAGGUGCAAUAAAACUAUUUGAUUCUAGAUCGUAUGACAAGGGUCCUUUUGAUACCUUCCUAGUUGGCGGGGACACAGCUGAGGUGUGCGAUAUUAAGUUCAGCAAUGACGGUAAAUCAAUGCUUCUGACAACUACAAACAACAAUGUAUACCUCCUCGAUGCAUAUCAUGGAGAGAAGAAGUGUGGAUUUAACAUGGACGCUUCUGCAAAUGCCACCAUAGAAGCAACCUUCACGCCUGAUGGCCAAUAUGUGCUUUCUGGUUCUGGGGAUGGAAAUAUACAUGCGUGGAACAUCAGUGACGAGCCAAAUAAGAUCGCGUCUUUGGAUAGCCACAUUGGUGUUGCAGGGUGCCUGAGAUGGGCUCCUCGCAGAGUCAUGUUUGCGGCUGCUGCUGCUUCCGUUCUAACCUUUUGGAUUCCUGACGAUGAUGCUGAGCCGGGCGCCCCUGCCCCAGCUCCUUUACCCUGAUUGAUUAACAAUUUUAUUCAUCUAUAUGGAAAACCAUGGAAACAUGGCUGAUCAAAUAGAAGAAUGGAAGCUAAUUUUAAUUAGAAUCCUAGCUUUUUAUUUACUGCUUGAUGUCGGUUGUUUAUUAAAUGGAAAUUUGCUGCCGCUUGUUUUAA